GCGCGGGUUUUCCGCCACGGUAAAGUAGACGUGGCAGUGACGUCAAUGCCGGAAAUGACCCGGAUCGGAACUUUAACUCCUGGGCUGACUAGUUUUUUGUUUUUUUUUUACCAGCAACAUCGAGGGCUCUCGAAAUACGAUGUAAUAUCGAUUCAAGCAUGUGUGUCCAUAUGCCCAUGAAGGAUACUCCACCUUGGAUGUGAGUCAGCCCACACACAGGGAGGUCUGGUUGUUUAUCCGCCACACAGAGCAGAGGUAUACACGGCAGCGGGUUGCUUGUGGUCUACAGCGGGCGGGUGACCGUUAACCGGCGGCAGGAUGACGUGCCGUGACCGGACCCUCGAGUUCCAGUCGGCCUGUAAAUCUCUCCAGGGCAGACCGAAUGGAGUCCAGCCCAGUAAACCAGCGCUCAGCGCCCUCAGGCAGCGCAGCGACUUCACAGUUAUGGCCAAGAGAAUUGGAAAAGACUUGAGCAAUACGUUUGCCAAACUGGAAAAGCUCACCAUUUUGGCAAAAAGAAAAUCUCUUUUUGACGACAAGGCGGUGGAGAUCGAGGAACUAACAUACAUCAUUAAACAAGACAUCAACAGUCUAAACAAACAGAUAGCACAGCUGCAGGACUUGGUGAGGUCCCGCGGAGCUCCGGGUGGCAAACACAUCCAGACCCACUCCAACACUAUAGUGGUGUCAUUACAGUCCAAACUGGCUUCAAUGUCCAAUGACUUUAAAUCAGUCCUAGAAGUCAGAACUGAGAACCUGAAGCAGCAGCGCAGCAGGAGAGAGCAGUUCUCCCAGCCCCCGGUCUCACAAUCUCCUCUGAUGGCCAACAACUUCAGGAGCCGCAAAAAAGGGGCCCAGGAGCCGCAUGCAGGUCGUGAGCCGCGCUAUGACUACCAGGGCAAUACAACCUCAAAUUUAAAAGAGAGCUCAGUCCUGAUGCAGGAUGAGUCCAGGAGCCUCGGGGAUGUAGCCAUCAAUAUGGACUCUCAGACCAACCCCCUGCAGCUCCAGCUUAUUGAUGAGCAGGACUCAUACAUCCAGAGCCGUGCAGAUACUAUGCAGAAUAUUGAGAGCACCAUCGUGGAACUAGGCUCCAUAUUCCAGCAGCUGGCACACAUGGUCAAAGAGCAGGAAGAGACCGUUCAGAGGAUCGACGCUAACGUGGAGGACACCCAGCUGAACGUCGAGGCCGCCCACACAGAGAUCCUCAAAUACUUCCAGUCAGUCUCCUCCAACCGCUGGCUGAUGAUCAAGAUCUUUCUCGUCCUCGUCGUCUUCUUCAUCAUCUUUGUCGUCUUCUUCGCUUAAAGAAAAGUAGAGCGACAGAGGGGAGGGGAAGUAAAGCUGGACUGAGCCCAAACGUCCAGACAACACAUUUUGAAGGACAAACUUCUCUGUCAAAGUGACAGUUUGACAGAUGUUUGGGAGACUUUUCGAUUAACACAGACUUUUCAGUAAUUCCCAAACCACAGACUCUUAAUCUUAAUUCGACAGUUCAGUGAAGAAUGAAGAUGUCGAACUCAGAUGAAAGAAUAAAUGAUCUAAAAUCCCCACUUUGUAUAGAGAGAGAGAGCGAGCAUAAAGGUGCUCUGUAUUGUUCUUUGACCAAUUAUUCGUACACAUUUAAUCAAAAUGGCUAUAAUUUAAUGGUUUGAUUCUGCAAACUAUCUUUUUAAGUUUGAUUUUUUUUUUCUUGGUUACCCCUGUUGACCACAUCAUCAAUUAUUAUCUCAAAGCCAAACCACAGAACUGGAGUUCAUCCUCUGAUAUUCUCUCUUCUUAUUUACUUUUUAUCGAAGAGCAUGACUGUGUCACUUGUUUAUAAACAAUUCACCACCAUUCGGUAAUGAUGUGAAAUAUUUUUUUAUUCAUUCAUCUUCUGUUUUGCUUGCAAAGUUUAUUUGCCAAAUGGGUACUCCUUAUAGAAGAACUGUAACACAAUACACAUACACUCACUGCAUUUUUUGUCCUGAGGGCACAAGAGGGCAGUUACAGCCAGUUGAAGGGAACUUUACAGGCAUAAUUCAGGCACGAGCUGCACGAAAUGUUGGUGAUGCGUUAUAUAUAACAACGCUGUUUUAAUUGACACUAUUUAGUUGCCAGCCAUCAGGCAGGUUGAAUGGUUGAAAAAGUGUUAACUUUGCACAUUCAGUGCUGCGGAGAAACUUCAGCAUAGAAGUCAAGUGAACAGAAUCCAGGUUUGACAUCAGUGCUUAUGAAGGGGCGAUGCUGGUUGUGAAGGCCCACUGAUGAAGUGACUCAAUCAGCCAGAUUCCCUGAAGUGUUUGGUUUGAUGUCACUGUUGUAGUCGCUUCUCCUCUUUAUCUCUCUGCUGUACCAAUGUUAUUUAAAUGACCACAGCUUUUUAAGAAGAAAGAAAACAUCCUUCCUAUUUUUUCCCCUAUCUGUUUUUUUUUUUUUUUUUUUU